AUGCAGAUUACACCCAAGAUGUCAUCGUCGCCAAAUCUCCUGACAUCGACUGAACCCGUUACGUCGCCUACGACUGAAAUACCGGCUCCAUCCGUGACGCUGACGACAACCGAGAGGUCCGCCAAAGACAAAGCGCCGACCACAGCUGCAGUACCACUAGCGUCUGAAAUGCAGAUUACACCCAAGAUGUCAUCGUCGCCAAAUCUCCUGACAUCGACUGAACCCGUUACGUCGCCUACGAUUGAAAUACCGGCUCCAUCAGUGACGCUGACAACAAGCGAGAGGUUCGCUCCUGCCGAAGCAGAGACUGCAAUUUUAACACCGGCUCCGCUUGAAACGUUCAUCAUACCUAGAAAGUCUGCUCCAGCCGAGGUGCCAGUUACAGUACCAAUAGCAUCUGAAAUACUAACGACACCCAAAUUGUCAUCGUCGCCAAAUCUUCUGACAUCGACUGAACCCGUACGUCGCCUAACGAUUGAAAUACCGGCUCCAUCCGUGACGCUGACGACAACCGAGAGGUCCGCCAAAGACAAAGCGCCGACCACAGCUGCAGUACCACUAGCGUCUGAAAUGCAGAUUACACCCAAGAUGUCAUCUUCGCCAAAUCUCCUGACAUCGACUGAACCCGUUACGUCGCGCUAA